CUAAGCCCAUAGGAUUACAGAAAAGGAAAAAAAUUAAAAGGAAAAUAUGGAAAGGCGAGGAGGAGGGGAACGGACGAUCCGAUGACCUCAUCUCGAUGAUCCCCAUCCCUCAAAUGGUUUCUCCCCGUCUUGGCGGUGCGGGGAUCCCACCGGUGCGCCUACCCCUCUUCUCCCUCCUGAUCUCCGUCCGCGCUCUCUAAAUAGCGACUGCGAAGAGGAAGGAAAAAACGGAGAAGAAAGAAACCAAGACAUCAUGGCCGUUGUUGAGAACACGGGCGGCGUCGAUCUCGAGGCGAAUGCGAGGUCCUCAAGCCGGGAUUUCGACGCCGGUGCAGCGCCGGACUCGCACGGCCCCAAGGAUCUGGACGCCCGCCAGCCGGUGGUCCGGAUGGUGGAGCCCGCCGGCGGCCUCCCCGUCCUCCGUCCCCACCACGACCCCGCCGCCGCCUUCUAUAUGAGGGUUCAGCAGUUCCAACCGCAGCACCGCGCGGCGGGCGCCGGCGACGGUGGCUUGGUGAAGGGCCUGGCGAGGAGCGGGACGGGGAUGGUGCCGCAGCGGGCCAACGGCGUCAUCGUCGGGAGGAGCGGCGACGAGGCGGCGGCGGCGGUCGCCGGCGGUGGCGAAGGGUUCAAGCGCGAGAUGAGGGAUUUGGAGGAGCUGCUCUCGAAGCUGAACCCGAUGGCGGAGGAGUUCGUGCCGACGUCCCUCGCCAACCAUGGAUACGCCGCCGCCACCGGCGAUGUCGCUGGGUUUUAUUCUAAUGGAUUUGAGACGCAAAAUGCUGGGGCGAAUGGCGGUGGUGGAAGGCGGAAGAAGAAGAACGGGUAUGGCCAGGGAAAGCGUCGAAUGAACAGCCGGACGAGUUUGGCACAGCGAGAGGAAGUGAUAAGGAGAACGGUUUAUGUUGCUCACAUUGAUCAUCAGGUUACUGAAGAACAGCUUGCAGCACUCUUCAUUAAGUGUGGACAGGUUGUUGACUGCCGUAUGUGCGGGGAUCCAAACUCUGUUCUUCGUUUUGCUUUCAUAGAGUUCACUGAUGAGGAAGGUGCAAGGGCUGCUUUAAAUCUGUCGGGAACUGUGCUUGGAUUUUACCCAGUAAGGGUGCUUCCUUCCAAGACUGCGAUUGCCCCUGUCAACCCAACAUUUUUGCCAAGGUCUGAUGAUGAACGUGAGAUGUGUGCAAGGACUGUUUAUUGUACAAAUAUUGACAAGAAGGUGUCACAGGCAGAAGUUAAACUCUUCUUUGAGACUAUAUGUGGAGAGGUCUAUCGCUUGAGAUUGCUUGGAGAUCAUCAUCAUUCCACUCGCAUUGCAUUUGUUGAGUUUGUGAUGGCUGAGAGUGCGACUGGUGCCCUCCACUUAAGUGGCUCGAUACUGGGAUCCUUGCCGAUAAGGGUAAGCCCGUCAAAGACACCUGUGCGGCCACGGGGUCCUCGCCAACCCAUGCAUUGAAACUUUUAGGUCCAUGACAUGGCUGAUAGCACUCUUAUAUAUAUACACAUAAUAUAAAGGAAUUUUAAGGUAUAUCUCUUUUGGUUUAUAAGUUGUUUCUAUGUAUUUUUUUUUUACGUUUUGUACCUUUGGCAUAUCUUUCUAUGUCUAGGGGGAUGGAUUGUUCUUUUCUGGCACAUAGAGUUGGUUGGGACGUCGAGGCUUUGGACAUUUAUGAGUAGGCAAUGGAACAAAUAUCCCCCGGAUAUCUAUGAAAGAAACUGUUUCAGUUGUCCGAAAAUCUUGCUGACUCUAUAACCCUUGAGUUCUUGCUGGAAGAAGCUUUUCUGGUUGCUUCUCAUCUAUUACUUCUAUAGAUUAUGAAAGGAAAGCUUGCAUCCUGCUACACCUACCGGCUUUGAAGUUCAUGAACUUUCCCUGGAUAAAUUUUUACGUAUCUAUGAAGAAUACCCUCUCCUCAGGCAUUGUGGAUUAAUUUAUAUACCUAUUUCACGAUUAGGGACCUCAUCAGUGUGAGAAUAUUGUUACCGAUCGCUGAUCGCUGACCUCAUCAAUGCUUAAUGUUGAAUGAAUUCUGGUAUUGGUCAGAAAUUGCCACCUGUCAUGAUUCACAUAUAGGUUAAAGCUUAACAGUUAUGGAACCAAAAGGAAUUCAAUAAAAUUUGCAACCCUAGUUUUGAAUCCGUUCUGGUGUUCUUGGUCUCUACUGCAAAAAAGGAUCAAGAGAGAACUGAGAAUAAUAGUACCAUGCAGCUGUUGGAAUUUUUGAGAAAUGGCUCAGGCUAUUUAGUUAGGUUCUAAACAUUAAUCCUCAGAUCCUGUAUCAAGGACCUUGUUCUUGAACAUGUAAAUGUAAAGGAAAAAAA